UCUUCCCCUCCUCUCUCUCUCGAAGUCUAGGGUUUCUUCUCGCCGAGCGAUCGAGGAGGAGAAAUCCCCCCGGAUUCUCCAAUCCCCCGCGGUGGAGUGCUCGGAGGCCUCGCCUGAUCGAAGAGUAGCACCGCGAUUCGCAUCGGAUUCUCCACCAUGUCGUACCAGGGGAAGAAGCUCAUCAAUGACCCCAAGGAUGUGGUGACUGAGUUCAUUGAGGGCCUUGUUGAAACUUAUCCUGGUUUGCAAUACUUAGAUGGCUUCCCACAGAUUAAGGUUGUAUUGCGUGCUGAUGUCUCGAGCACAACUAACGACAAGGUUGCAGUCAUAUCUGGGGGUGGAAGUGGCCAUGAACCUGCUCAGUCUGGAUAUGUUGGAGCAGGGAUGCUGACAGCAGCCAUUUGUGGGGAUGUUUUCACUUCUCCACAUGUUACUUCUAUCUUAGCUGGCAUUCGAGCUGUCACAGGUCCUAAAGGAUGCCUUCUAAUAGUCACGAAUUAUACUGGUGAUCGACUUAAUUUUGGUCUGGCAGCUGAGCAAGCUAAAUCUGAAGGCUAUAAAGUAGAGAUGGUUAUUGUUGGAGAUGACUGUGCUCUCCCACCACGUAGAGGUGUAGCUGGGCGAAGAGGUUUAGCAGGAACCAUACUAGUUAACAAGGUUGCUGGGGCAGCUGCAGAUGCUGGUCUGUCCCUUGCUGAUGUUGCUGCAGAGGCAAAGUGUGCAUCUGAAAUGGUGGGAACAAUGGGAGUUGCCUUGUCCGUAUGUACACUGCCUGGCCACGUCACAUCUGAUCGUUUAGGUCCAGGACUGAUGGAGCUUGGUCUUGGAAUUCAUGGGGAGCCUGGGGCUGCUGUUGCUGACCUCCAGCCUGUUGAUGUAGUAGUAUCUCAUGUUCUCAAGCAGAUUUUGUCAACGGAAACUCAAUACGUUCCUAUCACAAGGGGGAGUAGAGUGGUUCUCAUGAUUAAUGGGUUGGGCGCCACUCCCAUAAUGGAGCUGAUGAUUGCAGCAAGAAAGGCAGUUCCACAGCUGCAACUGGAGUAUGGACUGGCUGUUGACAGAGUUUAUACUGGAUCUUUCAUGACUUCUCUCGAUAUGGCUGGUUUCUCCAUAACUGUUAUGAAGGCAGAUCCAGAAAUUUUGCAGCGUCUGGAUGCCCCGACUAAAGCUCCAUACUGGCCUGUUGCUGCUGAAGGUGAUCGCCCACCAGCUAAAAUUCCUGUUCCAGUGCCACCAUCUUCUUCUUCAAGGAAUAAUGAGGCAUUCACUCAACCACAAGAGCUAAAUGAACAAGGCUGCAUACUGGAGGCUGCUAUUCAAGCAGCUGCAAAUGAAAUCAUCAAUAUUCGGGACAAGUUAAAUGAGUGGGAUAGUAAAGUGGGUGAUGGUGAUUGUGGAACUACUAUGUAUAAAGGUGCAACAGCUGUUCUUGAAGACAUGAAGAAAUGUUACCCUCUGAAUGAUGCUGCGGAAACUGUAAAUGAGAUUGGGGCCUCAAUCCGAAGGGUGAUGGGUGGAACGAGUGGGAUUUUAUAUGACAUAUUCUGCAAGGCUGCAUACACAAGCUUAAAGGGAAGCCCAGUUGUCACAUCAGAACAAUGGGUCAGUGCUCUGGAGGCAUCAAUUGCUGCAAUCAGCAAAUAUGGUGGUGCCAGUGCAGGGUACCGCACAAUGUUAGAUGCUCUAAUUCCAGCAUUAACAGUCCUAAAAGAGAAGCUGGAUGCAGGGAAUGAUCCAUUGACUUCUUUUCUCCUGUCAUCGGAAGCAGCUAUGAAUGGGGCAGAGUCGACAAAAGAUAUGCAUGCACAAGCUGGGCGGUCCACAUAUGUAGCUGCUGAUCUUCAAGCUUUGGUUCCUGACCCUGGAGCAAUGGCUGCAGCAGCAUGGUACAGAGCAGCAGCGCUUGCCGUCAAGGAUAAGUUGCAGCCAUCGCAGAGCUAACAGUAACUAUGGGUAUUACUUCAGAAUCUCAAUUUCAUACCUUACAGAGUGGUUCUUCACAAAUUUUCCGUUUUUAGCUCAUUUGUUUUCCGCUUGUGCCAUGCAUGAGCUGAGAAAGCUAGAGUUUUGUCAAGUCCGGUGGCUGGUUAGUGUAAUAUACCGUGAGAGUCCGUUAUGGUAAUAAAGAUUUGAAUUUGUGGUUUUCAUUGAGGCAAUUAAAUAGGAUCUUGUUAAAACUA